CGGAAAAAGUCACAUUAAAAUAACAACCAUUUCGAAUUUUAAUAUAUUUCCAAUUCAUUGACACGCAACCACAAACAUUAAAAAUGGCAUCGCCCGAUCGGAAUCAUUUUCAAAGGUUUAAAAACAAUGCAAAGGAUCAGGAUGAAAUGCGUCGCAAGCGUAAUGAAGUGACUGUAGAGAUACGUAAAAGCAAGCGCGAUGAAACAAUAUUAAAGCGUCGCAACGUUCCUCCCAAUCAGGAUUCAAACACAGACGAGGACGAGCCAAUGCCCAAUACAGUAGAAUUGGAAAAACUGAUUUGGUCCGCAGCAGAUCCUUCCAAGCCAGACCAACAGUUAGCCUCUGUUCAAUCAUUACGCGAAGUGCUGUCGAGUGAAACGAAUCCACUACCCAUUGAAGAGUUGAUUAAAAGCAAUAUUCUGCCCGUUCUGAUUGAAUGCAUGAAGCAGGAUGAUCCAAUACUUCAAUUCGAGGCUGCUUGGGCGUUAACUAACAUUGCAUCCGGCACUUCCGAUCAAACCCAAGAGGUUGUGGUCGCUGGCGCUGUACCGGUCUUUCUGCAGUUGCUUAAGUCACCUGCUCGGAUUGUCUGUGAACAGGCUAUCUGGGCGCUGGGAAAUAUAAUAGGCGACGGGCCUAAGCUGCGCGAUUUUGUCAUUAGUCAAGGCUUUAUUCAACCAUUGCUCUCAUUCUUAAAGCCUAAUGCUCCGCUACCGUUUUUACGAAACAUUACAUGGGUAAUUGUAAACUUAUUCCGGUGCAAGGAUCCAUCGCCGCCAGCUAGCGUUAUAUCCGAAAUCCUGCCGGCAAUCAAUAUGCUUAUUAAGCACACGGACACAACUAUUUUGGGCGACACUGUAUGGGCCCUUUGCAAUCUGACAGACGGUGGCAGCGAUCACGUCCAAAUGGUAAUUGACAGUGGUAUCGUCCCCAAGCUGGUAUCGCUUCUCGACAACACUGACUAUAAGGUGCAAACGGCGGCUCUUCGCGCCGUUGGCAAUAUUGUUACAGAGUCGGACGAGCAAACACAAGAGGUGCUCAACCACAACGCCUUGUCAUAUUUCCCAGCGCUGCUGGACCAUAGCAAUGAGAAAAUACGGAAAGAGGCUAUCUGGUUCCUCUCAAAUAUUGCAGCUGGCAACGAGUUACAGGUGCAGGCUCUUAUCGAUACUGGCCUACUCAUCAAGAUCAUUGAGAGCCUCCACCAAAGCGAAUAUCACACACAGAAGGAAGCUGCAUGGGCCGUAAGUAACCUGGCCCUUAACGGAAGCCCUGAUCAGGUGUUAACAAUGGUCAACGAGGGUGUCAUAGCGCCUUUCUGCGAUCUGCUUACUUCCCAGGACAAUGAAGUCAUCGAUAUUGUGCUUGACGGUCUCUCUAACAUGCUCAAAGUGGCCGAAAAUUUUCAAAUAGAGGAUGUGGAGAAUUUGAUUGAACAAUGCGAUGGUCUGGCCAAAAUUGAGCGUUUGCAAGACCAUGAGAAUGUGGACAUCUACAAACAGGCUUAUAAAAUAAUUGAGAAAUUCUUUUUAGCUAACGAACCAGCUAAUUUGCCACCGACCGCGGAGAGCACAGAAAUCAACUUUGAUCCGGCCACUGACAAACUCCAGAUGAAUUCAUUCCAGUUUUAACCCGUUUGAGCGAGAUGAUGCAAAAAUUAGCAAUAAGAUUUCAUUGUGCAACACUAACUGCUGCUACUACCUACAUUUAUACCUACAUUGUACAUUUAUACAGACAUUAUAUAUUUAUAUACAUACAUAUGUGCAGACUCUACUUAAACGCAUAGUUACAACUAACAGUAGACAACCAGGAAUACAUACUAGGCAAAACACAAUAACCCAACCAAACAUCAAACAUGUUGAAGUAUCAUUUUAUAAUCAAAAUUUAAUAUGUUCACUCUUCACGAGUCUAAAUUCUUUCAAAGAGCUACGUAUACGCAAGCGAACAACAAAUAGGCUAUAUAAAACAAUAAAACACAGUCACAUGAAAUUUUAGAACUAUUUAUAAUAAUUAUAAUAAAG